CAAUAUUCGUUAUUAUUCUUUACGACUGUUCCAGAAACAAAUGGAAAACAAAACUUAAAAAAACAUUGAAUAUUAUAUUUUGAAUGUCACAUUAUUUACAUUAAUAAUUCAAAUAAAUAUUGAAAAAUGUCGGAAGAAGCUAUAACAACAAAUAAUGAAAACAAUGUGAUGCCAACUCCAAAAAUAAGACACGAUUGGUAUCAAACUGAAACGCAUGUUUUUAUAAAUAUUUUAACAAAAAAUGCUGAAAAUGUAAAAGUCCAUACAUCAGAAAUUGCAUUGAGUGUAUCUACAAAAUUACCAAACGGAAAUGAUUACAGUUUGGAAUUAGAUUUAGCCCAUCACAUUGUACCUGAUCAAAGUUCGCACAAAGUACUUGCAUCGAAAAUAGAAAUUAAAUUAAAGAAAAGAGACGGUCAUAGAUGGACGAAUUUGGAAGGAAAUGCCGAAGAAUCAAUUGCAAUACUUCCCAUUCCUGAUGUUAUCUUACAAUCCGAUAAUAAAGCGCCAAAAUAUCCAACCUCAAGUAAAAAGGUUCACGAUUGGGAUAAAAUGGAAAAGGAAAUUGAAAAACAAGAAGCUGCGGAAAAUCCCGAAGGUGAAGCGGCCCUUAAUGAACUUUUUCAAAAAAUCUACGGUAAUGGCUCUGAUGAAGUAAAACGUGCAAUGAAUAAAUCUUUCCAAGAAUCUGGCGGAACUGUUUUAAGCACAAAUUGGAAUGAAGUCGGCAGAGGAAAAGUGGAUAAAAAACCUCCCGAGGGAAUGGAGUGGAAAAAUUGGAACCCUUAGAUAGUAAUUUCGUUUUUACUUUUUUUUUUUUUUUAAUCCAUUGUAACUUAAUCCAUAUUUAGUAAAUUAUUUCUAGUUUUACAUAAGAGAAUUAGCUUGUUUUUGUUAUGAAUCUAAUUUUGCAAUUACAUGCUAAGUAAAACUUUUUAGUUAAUUCAAUAAUUAAUGCUACAAUUAAUAUUAAGUAUUACUGAAAUUAUCAUAAUUAUUAGAUAAAUAGAUUUUCAUUAAUCAUCAUAAAUUCAGUGUUUUAAAGCCUUACGCCUGUUAUAAUUAUGCAUAUGAAUUUAACAAAUGUUUUUUAUGAAAAAAAAAAGACUUGACAAUUAAUAAAAUAAAAAUUUACAUUUAA